UGCUGUUUGUUGGCGAUGUUCAUCGUGUACACAUCGGUAUUAACUGAUAACGCAAUGACGUUUCCACCUUAAGUUUAUUUAUCUCAUUACAAGAUAUUUCUUGUUACUGAUCAGUAACGUUAUCAUCUAUGAUAUAGUAUAUUGAAAGCGGCUUAUAAGAUGAGAUUGGUAAGCUGUCAUAAUAAAAUGGCUUCCGGUUUCGUGGCAGGAAUUUUAGCAGUGGUUUUUGUGAUUUUACUGCAAGCACAUAGACUGUCAUGCGAAUCAUGUAGUUCAGAAACGUGCAAUAAAGAUGCGGAAACGAAACCCGAAGGUGGCUGUGGCUGCUCAGUCAGUCGGAAGCAGGCCGAGGUCAGUCUAGACGAGAGGCACGUACAUGAACAGGCUAAGUACACUGACAAUGUGGAGAUAGAAUUCCAGAGAACUUACCAAAUGGUUUUGAUUCCUGCAGGGACGUUUACAAUGGGGACCAACCAGCCUGUGUUUGUGGCAGACGGUGAGGGACCUGCAAGGAAAAUGACAAUCAAUGAAUUUUAUCUAGAUAAAUAUGAAGUUAGUAACGCAGAAUUCCAACUGUUUGUAAAGAAUACUGGAUAUAAAACAGAGGCAGAAUCGUUUGGAAACUCAUUUGUGAUGGAAACAUACCUGGAUAAAAAGGUCCUGGAAAAAGUUACACAGGCAGUAGCAGCAGCCCCCUGGUGGCUGCCAGUUGACGGUGCUGAUUGGAGACACCCUGAGGGGCCAGACACCAGCAUUGAGGACAGAAUGGACCAUCCAGUGCUGCAUGUGUCAUGGAACGACGCAGUAGCGUUCUGCAAGUGGGCCGGCAAGCGCCUACCCACUGAGGCUGAGUGGGAGUUUGCAUGUAGAGGGGGCAGGGACGACAAGUUAUAUGCCUGGGGAAACAGCGAGAAUCCAAAAGAAAAGCACUGGAUGAAUAUCUGGCAUGGAGAAUUUCCCAAGGAAAACACAGCAGACGAUGGUUACACUGGAUCUGCACCGGUAACAGAAUACCCAGAGCAGAACAAGUUUGGUGUGAAGAACAUGAUCGGCAAUGUGUGGGAGUGGACCCAGGACUGGUGGGAGACCAGCCACAACACCACACCCAAGAACAACUAUAAGGGACCAGCCUCAGGCACAGACAAAGUAAAGAAAGGAGGAUCUUUCCAGUGUCACAAGUCGUACUGUUACCGGUACCGCUGUGCAGCCCGCAGUCAGAAUACUCCUGACAGCUCUGCACACAAUCUGGGCUUCCGAUGUGCUAGCGACACACUGCCAGACUAUCUCAAGAAUUCCUAGUCAGUAGUGGUUUGUCAGACUGUUGUUCAUAUGGAGACUUGUGGUGCUACUUAUGUACAAGAUUUUCAUGCUUUAACUAAUUGUUCUGUUUUAUGAUAUGUUAUUAUCUAUUUUUUAGUAUAUAAUAAUAAUAUAGACAAUCAUUCAUUGUUAUGCUCCCCCCCAAAAAAAUUUUGGGGGAGCAUAUAAUCGCCGCUUUGUCCGUCCGUGCACAAUUUUUGUCCGGGCUAUUUCUCAGCAACUAAUGACCGGAAUUCAAUGAAACUUUAUUGGAAGCUUCACUACCAAGAGGAGAUGUGCAUAUUAUCAGCGGGUUUUGGUCGGAUGAUUUUUCACAGAGUUAUGGCCCUUUGAAAUUUUCCAUUAACUGUACAUAUAGUGCAUUUCUUGUCCGGGCUAUUUCCCAGCAACUAAUGACCGGAAUUCAAUGAAACUUUAUGGGAAGCUUCACUACCAAGAGAAGAUGUGCAUAUUAUCAGCGGGUUCUGGUCGGAUGAUGUUCCACAGAGUUAUGGCCCUUUGAAAUUUUCCAUUGUACAUAUAGUGCAAUUCUUGUCCGGGCUAUUUCUCAGCAACUAAUGACCGGAAUUCAAUGAAACUUUAUGGGAAGCUUCACUACCAAGAGGAGAUGUGCAUAUUAUCAGCCGGUUCUUGUCGGAUGAUUUUUCACAGAGUGAUGGCCCUUUGAAAUUUUCCAUUGUACAUAUAGUGCAAUUCUUGUCCGAGCUAUUUCGCAGCAACUUAUAACGGGAAUUCUAUGAAACUUUAUGGGAAGCUUCACUACCAAGAGGAGAUGUGCAUAUUAUCAGCCGGUUAUGGUCGGAUGAUUUUUCACAGAGUUAUGGCCCUUUGAAAUUUUCUAUAAACUGUACAUAUAGUGCAAUUCUUGUCCGGGCUAUUUCUCCCCAACUACUGACUGGAAUUCAAUGAAGCUUUAUGGGAAGCUUAACUACCUUGAGGAGAUGCGCAUGUUAUUUGUGGGUUUUGGUUAGAUGAUUUAUUUAGAUAGUUAUGGCCCUUUGAAAUUUUUAAUUUUUAAGUUGCUAAACCAUCCAUCGUAUUAUUUUGUCCAAAGUUAUGCCCCUCAAGAUGUUUCCUUUUAUCUGAAUAUAUAGUGCAAUAUUGUGACAAAAAAACCUUUGGGGAGCAUCACCCGUCUCCGACGGUUUCUUGUUUUGAUAGUGAUUAUGCCUUUUUUGUAUGACAUUUUCACAAGUUGUAUUGCACUUUUUACACAUACAUAAAAAAGUAUUAAUAUUGGUGUGUAUAAUUAAAUUGUUGCGUUAGUAUUUUUGAUGUAAUAUACAUGUACAAUGAACUUCGAACACAAUUCAACAUAGAACAAUCCUUAAAAAGUAUACUGAUUUCAACAGAUUUGAUUAUGAUAUUUCUGAAUGUUGUGCAGUACAUGUAUGUGUUUGCUAUCAGUACAAUUCUGAAUAUUUUAACCAGGUACCAACUUAGUUUAAAACCCUGGUUAUAAGAUAGAAGUAUUGCGGGCUGGCGGCAUCAGACUGGUAGUUUCUGUUUAUGAACUUUAGUGUGCAUUAACCAGUCUUGAUGAAACUUUGGAUACAGCAAGCUUGCAUGUAGACCUAGCUUAGCGUUGUAUUAGGGGCAUGUAAUUUCAAGGUCACUGUUACUAAACUAUUAUUAGUUUUGAUGUAGAAAUUGCACUGAAAUUUUGUGUCGGGGUUGCUGAAAUGGAGACCUAGCUUGGGAUUGCUUUUGGGCAAGUAAGGUCAGGGUCACCUCUAUUAAAAAAUAAAAAACUAUAUAACUAGAGUUAGAAUAGAGGAAUUGCCAUGAAUGUUUGUUUGUAACUUACUUGUAUGAAUUCUAGCAUGGGAGAUCCUUUGGGGCCAGUCAGGUAAAGUUAGCUUACAUGUAUAUCUAGCUUGGGAUCUCUUGGGUCAAGCAUGGUCAAGGUCACAGCUUUUUAAAAUAGAAAAACUAUCCACCAAAAAGCAAGAUUUGUUUAUGCUGGUAGUGUUGUGAGAAAUUCAAGGUCACUCCCAUUUACAAAACUGUUGUUUACUAGAUCUACUAACUUGCCUUUGGUGUGGAGGUAUUUACCGGAAAUUGUGUAUGGAUAUACAAACCUAUUAAAGCUUGAGAUUGCACAAUGUUUUUAAUUUAAUGUAUGCCUUAAACUUUGAAAUCCUGCAUUUAUUGGCAUUACCAUGUGUAUUGUUUUGUACAUUUAAGGGCGAUCAGGUUCAAUUUUAUAACUACAUUUACACUUCAUUUUAUGUCUAAUCACCCUUACAUAUAGUCUAACAUUCUGAGCAUUGUAUUUCCACUUCAUUUGUAAGGUAACUUACAGGGAGAGAUCUUGUUCAGUUAAAUCUAAUGAUUUUAAAAGCAAAUUUGCAGCAAAGGUCACAUCAGUCUUUGUUCAUUUUAAAUAUUGAUUGUUAAUUUAAUUACAAUUGUUUAAUUUAAGCUUGAUACCAUUAAAAGCUUUUGGCUUA